AUGGCAAAGUUGAAACAUCCCAUCAGUUGCAAGGCUCUUACAAAGCCAUCAAAGGACCAGAAGCCGCCACCAUUCACAGGAGGGUUUGUUCCAAACAAACCAACACAAAACAAGGUCUAUUACUUCGAUCUAACCAGGGUUGAUGCUUUGUUUGAUGAGAUGCUGCUACAAAAGGCAAUAGAGACUCCCCACAGGUUGCCCAAGCCAGAAAAACUCAAGGACAUCAUACAUGAAGGAAUAACAGCAAGAAUGUUAAAACUGGCGGAGAAACCUCCCUUAGUUACAACAGAUCCUUUUCCCCAACCUCAAGUCAACAUGGUCAACUUAAAUUGGCUAGAACAGAAGAGAGACAAACUAGCAACGGAAGCUAGCUCCAGCAGAGGUAGAAGAGUCACAACGGAGACUAGUCAAAGGCCAAAGGUAACCAUCUCGGCUGGGGUAGUGCUGUGCAGCAAGUGCAAGUGUGAAAGUGAGUUAGAAGUGACUCUGGACAGGAUUGGAACAUUAUACCAACAAGGCCCAGUUCUAGCUCUAUUUAAAUACAGAGCCAGACAGAAGGACUAUCUAAGACCUGCCCAACGUAGCAAAAGAGUGACAGAGCAGCCGAAGAAGGAAAUACCAAUUAAGAUGCUUAGAAAUGACAAGCCCUUGGCAACUAUCAUAGAAGGCAGAUGA